GGCAUGGCGCGGCGUACAGGUUCAAGUUGACGGCGGUCUGUUUUCCCGUCACUCAGUGGCUGCGGGCAUGGCGGCCGCUGCUCCAGCCGGCACCGGGCGUUGGUUUGGCUUUGGCUUUAAUCGUUUUGGACAGACUAUCAAUAGCGUGGAACGUCCCGGGAGCCCGGUGAAACGUGAGGCAGAUGACCGGGUGCUCGAGCCCCGCGAGGUGACAGUCUGUAACUCGAGGCCAAACCGGAGCGAUGUCCCUCCUCCCCGGUCUGGCCUCGAGUUACGGGCAGCCCAGCCUGAGGCGGACGAUGGCACCGGGCCGAAUCCGCGGCGGCGUGUCUCCCCCUGUAGAGUCUCUCCCGCCUGGAGUCAUUCUGCCUGCUUGACUGAUGAUGGGUCAAUUCAUUUCUGGGGGUUUGCUGCUGAUGUUCCAUGGCGUCAGAUGUACCUAAACAGCCAAGGUUUGCGAGGAUGCAGAGACAUUCUGUCCUCUGAGAAAUACCUGCUUACGUUGUGGCAGGACAGGGUGGAAUGUUGGGAUAUCCCAAGCCUCUGCCGUACUGGAGAGGCAUCAGAUGCUGUCAUUUGGCAGAAGCACCUGCAGGAGGAAGAGAAACCAAAUGCAGCAUUUCCAUUAAUCCCUGGUGGUUACAUUACAACAACGCCUCCAUUUUACAAAUCACUGUCACCCCCACUGCUUGGUGCAAGGAAGCUGGUACUUGGCAGUGAGCAUGCUCUCCUGCUGACCUGUGACUGGACGGUGUACUCCUGGGGCGCAGGACGACAUGGUCAGUUAGGACAUGGUGGUGUUGAGGAUGAAGCAGAUCCACGGAUUGUGGAGGCGUUGCAUGGCCUGGUGGUGACUGAGUUAGCAGCCGGGGCCUGGCAUUCUGUAUGCUCCAGUGCCUCAGGAGACCUGUACGUGUGGGGUUGGAAUGAGUCGGGACAGUUGGGUCUGCCAGCAAGAUCGUGUUCAGGGGAGGAGCAUCAGAAGCCUUCUGAACGCAUUGGAUUCUCUGGAGAAGGCACACCGAUCCUGUGUGAUGCAGGUGACACGGUUCAAAAAUCCACCACGGAAAAAGCAACCAUGGGAAAUAUGAAUGUGUUCAUCUCAAUUCAGGCAUUUCCAGCACUCUUGGACCUCCCAGGGGAGCUGGAGAUCAGCAGAGUUAGCUGUGGGUCACGGCAUACGGCAGCUGUCACCAGAAGUGGUCAGCUGUUCACAUGGGGCUGGGGGAGCUAUGGACAACUUGGCCAUGGACAGACCCUUAGCACUGAUCUUCCAAGGCGUGUCGAGUACUUCAUGAGGAAACAGCUUUAUGUGCUGGAUGUUGUCUGCGGGCCUUGGAACACCUUUGUGUUUGCACACGAGAAGGAUUGAACUGUACUCUGAUGAUGCAGUGUCCAUGUUUACUGUCAUGAGGGAAGUCAGCCAACUGGCUCAGUGAAUUUUACAGGCAGAAAUUGUUGGUUUGGCUCUUGAUCACUGAGCAGUUACUAAGCAUUUACUGCGAUGUGAGUACACGAGGUUGGAAACCCGCUGGCCCACCUUUCCUGCUCCUGAUUGUGGUCCAGUGUGGUGUAAUAGUGUGAUCAAUUGAGUAGAAUAUGAUGCUCUCCCAAGGGGUUGUCUUACUGAUGAGUCCUCAGGUCCACUGCAGAGCUCAAUCCAGAAUCCACGUAACCUGGGGUGUUAGGCUGGAUUCACAUGGGGAGACUGAUGCAUGGGCAGAAACCACGUGAUCUUUGACAUGGAGUGCAAGAUGACUGGCAACCCAUCACUUCUGUAGCCUUCCUCUGCCUUCAUUGCUGUUGUGAUGUGUCAUCAUUUUCCGCCAGCUCCAAUAUUGAGGUCUUGGUCAGAUUGCUCUUUGUCUGAAAUCUCCCCCUUGACCUUACCGGCAUGGGUGACCCUACCAAACACUAAGCGCCAGAUAGCUAGAGUCCAGAUGACUUCGCUCUCAAAUGGAACCCACAAGCCUCUCCACCACAACAAGGUGAUGAUUCUUGGAGAAGCACCAAUAUGGUGUACAACUCUAGUGAGGGCAGGACUGAAACACUUUGAUAACAUGUUUAGGAAGUCUGCUUAUCUUGACUUAUAUGAGGAGCUGAGAUCUCCAGCGCUUUAUGGCCCAACAGGGAUUAGCACUUUCAAGGUGAUGUGGAAUGUGUUGUAAAACAAACCUCUCCCUUUAAUAUCAGAGCAGAAUGAAUUAACAUCAGAAGAUAUCAGAUAUGGAGACUUGUUAAAUAAUGUUUCUCAUACAGAAAAAGUGUUGAUCAAGUUUCCUGCUCCCUCUCUUAAUGUGUGGUCCUUAGUUUUUUACUGAAUAUAGAUUUAUGUCUUUGGCAAUAGCUCAAUAUAUGCAGUCUGAUCAUUGCUGGGCUCUUGGAGUAUGUGUAUAGUCCUGGUCACCCAGGGUGUCAUUAAAGCUAGAGAGUGCAGAAGAGAUUUGAGGAUGGAGUUGUAAGAAGAGGCUAAUUUUUCUCUGGAGUGAAGGAGGUUGAGGCGGUGACCUUACAGAUUUUUAUAU